GAAGCUCAAUCGCUGACUCAGAUUACAACAAUGCCAAAUUAAAAACGUCCAAGUCAGCAGCGCAGGCGCCAACCUGGCAUCCUCCUCGUCGCCCAUUGCUUGAUAAUCGAUACAGUGUGGUGACAUCAUUGUUCUCUAGGGCUUUCACGACUCGGGGCUUGUAGGCGAUUCCUGCUCCGAAACCUUUUCGAUUAAUUCGCGGCGGGAAUUUAUAAACUUUGACCAUUUCGUGGAAUCAUGGGCAGUCCUCCAGCACCAUUUUCAGAUAUUGGCAAAAAGGCCAGAGACCUCUUGACUAAAGACUACAACUUCGAUCACAAGUUUACCCUAUCACUGCCGAACUCCAAUGGAAUGGGACUAACUGCUACAGGUUUGAAGCGGGAUCAAAUUUUUAUUGGUGACAUCAGUACCUUGUACAAGAGUGGAAAGACAACCGUGGAUGUGAAAAUUGAUACUUAUUCUAAUGUUUCUACAAAAGUGACCGUGACUGAUAUCUUACCAACUACCAAGGCCACGCUUAGCUUCAGAGUACCUGAUCACAAGUCUGGCAAGCUGGAUAUUCAGUACUUCCACCCUCAUGCGGCCAUUGAUUCCAGUAUUGGUCUCCACCCCAGUCCACUUUUGGAAUUUUCAGCUGCAAUCGGUAGCAAGAAUUUUAGUUUAGGUGGUGAUGUGGGAUUUGAUACUACUUCUGCUUCAUUCACAAAAUACAAUGCUGGAAUCAGCUUGAAUAAGUCAGACUUUUCUGCGGCUCUUAUUCUGACUGACAAAGGACGGGCUCUGAAGGCAUCUUAUAUUCAUUCAUUGGAUCCCCUUAAUGAGACUAUGGUAGCCGCCGAAAUGACUCACAAGUUCUCCACCUUCGAAAACUCUUUUACCAUUGGAAGUUCUCAUGUUCUGGAUCCAAUUACUCUUAUAAAAACACGUUUCUCCGACAAAGGAAAAGCUGCUAUGCUCUACCAGCGAGAAUGGAGGCCAAAAUCUUUGGUAACUCUGUCAGCUGAGUACGACUCAAAAGCUAUCGAUUCAUCUCCCAAGUUAGGCCUUGCUAUUGCUCUGAAGCCUUGAUUUAAAGAACCAGCCAGAUCAUUCAAGUUUCAUGACUUUGGUCUCAUUACGGUUUUCCCCUAAAGUAUUCAUUAUGGAAUUUCACAAUGUGUUUGGAAGAGGUGGUUUUCUUCCGUGUAUUCAUGAGAUAUUAUUUUGAGGCAUAACUAGGAUUAGAGGAACCAAUUUUGGAGGGAAAAAAAGGAUAUUGAGGAGCAACAUUUUGCUUGCAAGUCCCAUGUUGCCAUUCACUUUCAUAUCGCAUAAGUGCUAAAGAGAUCGACAAUUCUCUCCAGCGUCAGGUUGCUUUCAAAAUCCUGAAAUCGGUUCUGUAUUAUUCUUGUAUUGUUCAAAUUUCAUUUUCUAUUGUUGGGAAUAAUGUGAACAUCGAAUGGGUUCAUCAUACACUUCUUCCUUUAUAUUACUUGUGCAUUCCUCCGCACAUCACCA